CCCAACUGGAGGAGUCGCAGCUCUUCAGCGAGUUCUCGCUGGUUUCUUCGCCAAAGAGCAAACGCGCCGCCUACUCUAACGGCCUUUCUUCGGAUGGCUUUUCCUCCGAAGGCCGCUCAAACAGUCCGCUUCCCUUCAGGCCGCGCAGCGCUGAAGAAACUGCUGCUGCCCACGACCUGCUCUCGCUGUCUCAGAGCCUUCCGCCUCUUCCAGCGCCAAGUGUUGUUAUGAUCCACCACACCGUUCCCUCUGAAGAGGACUCCUCAUCGCCCAGUCACUGCUACAGUCCCCUGUACAUUGACCAGAAAAACCCAAACGACGGCAGGAAUGCUCCAGUAAAAUGCGAAGACUUCGAGGAAGCAGGCAGGCCCGCAACUUACGAGCCGCGUUCUGCAGGAAUUUUCCAAGAUAGGGAGCCAGUUAUUGUGCAAAACACGUCCUCGCUCAUCGCGAAUUCUUCCCAUCAGACCUCGCAGAAAUUCUCUUUGGUGCAAAGCCAGCAGGAAGGCAACGUGGUUUAUCUGGUGCAUGUUUCAGGGGCCAAAACUCAGGAGGAUGAGGGCCCGGAAAAUCCUUCGAGCUCAGAAAGUCAACGCCCAGAUUGUUCAUCCAGAAUCAUGGAAGAAACAGCCGACCUCAUAGUGCUGCCUCUUUCGCCUGAAGCUGACAUUCCGGGCGCCAGAGAGUUCGUCGCUGAACCGCAAGAAGCCACUGGAAACUUGGGGGUUUUCACCUUCGAAGCUCACAGCAAGCAUGCCCUGUGGAGGCCUUUGGAGGACAGCUGCAAGCAACCCAAAGAGGAGAUUUGCUCGCUGUUGCAAAGCAACGAAGAGCUGUCUCUGGCUGGUCAAAACUCCACCAUUUUCCUCAUGGACCUGCCGGAUCGCCGGCGGAAGAAGCGCGGCCGCAAAGAGGCCGACAAGAUCUUAACCCUGGACUCGAUGGGCGAGCUGCAGAGGAGAAAGGAAGCGAAUCCGAGCAGGGACAGCUCGCCACCCAAAACGAAGUUCUUCAAAGUGAUCGAGGACAGCGUCGAAGAAGACGAGGAGCCAAUCGAGUGCGACCAGAAAACCAAAUUCUGUUGCAGCGAGUGCGGCAAAUGCUACGCCACAUCUAGCAACCUCUCUAGGCACAAGCAGACGCACAGAAGUCUGGAUUCGCACUCGGCGAAAAAGUGCAACGCGUGCGGAAAAGCGUACGUGUCGAUGCCGGCUUUGGCAAUGCACCUGCUCACGCAUAAGCUGGCGCACAGCUGCGAAAUCUGCGGAAAACAGUUUUCCAGACCGUGGCUGUUGCAGGGCCAUCUUCGUUCGCAUACCGGCGAGAAACCGUAUGGCUGUGCGCAUUGUGGAAAAGCCUUUGCUGACAG